AUUUACAAUUCCGAAUAUUUUGACGGCGUAUAUUGGAUUGGUGUACACUGAAUCCCGUCCGACGGUGCUGACGAUAAUACCAUUUGGACCGCGAGAAAAGAAGGCCCCACACUCACAGUCUGAUUACAGUGUGUACCAACAACUUUCGCAGCAGCUUGCGAAGAUGUUGCAGACGGAAGGAAAUGUGACGUUACCAAUGGUGAUGAGCCUGCUUUGUUCAUACCGUGGACUGUUCAUCGAUGCUUGCAAGAGCUGUGGACGAGUGGUGAGCUCAGAAGGAUAUACACCACCUGUCGUUCGGGUGUGGAGAGGUGAUUGGGAGGCACGGCAUGGGAGUUGUUUUUGAAUGGGUUGGUGGAUCGAAGCUUUAAGUCCGCUUUCUACAGGCUAAACUCUAUUUGAAGAACCGAAGUCUUCCCUAUGCAACAGCAGGCUCUUGUACAAGGCUGUCGAUUCUCAAUUUUGAAAUGUAUACCUUGAACUCAUC